AUGUUGCAGUUGCCCUCCGUAAAGGAAACAAACGGGUUCGCAAUCACGUGUGGAGUGCUCGGUCAAACAAGCUAUCCUCAUGUCAGUAUAGCUCAAGGAACCGUAGUUGGUACGUUCAGUACGUACUAUGAGUUCUAUGGAAUACCUUACGCCGGUUCUACCUCUGGAACCAAUAGAUAUAAGGCUCCAAGCGCUCCCCCAAUAUUUGAGACCCCAUUCAUUGCAGAUCAGAAAAAUAUAAAAUGCGUAAGACCGUUAAGAUUUGGUUACGAAGGAACAGAAGAUUGCUUAGCAUUAAACGUUCUAACGCCAACACUCAACAAUACACAAGGCUUGCCGGUUAUGGUCUGGAUUAAUGGAAGAGAAUUUGAUAAAGUCGUAGAUCCGAUUUUUUCAUACAACAAUUUUUUGGAUAAGGAUGUUGUUGUUGUGACACCAAACUAUAGAGAAUCCAUUUUUGGAUUCCUGUGCUUGGGAACUCCUGAUGCUCCUGGAAACGCCGGUCUUAAAGAUAUAAUUGGUGCAUUACAAUGGAUACAACAAAACAUUGCUGCCUUUGGGGGGGAUCCAGAUAAUGUUACAGUUUUUGGCCACGGGAGUGGGGCUGCACUGGUAGAUCUUGUAACAGUAUCUCAGAUGUCCAAAGGGCUUAUACACAAAGCUAUAUCUCAAAGUGGGUCUGCUAUGGCUCCCUGGGCGGUAUCUAGAGAUAAUUUAAGACAUGCAAUUAAUGUAGCUGAAGCAUUAGGUCAUAGAAUAACCGAUUUGGAAAAUUUAACUGAUGCGUUUCGUCGAACCAGUGUAUCUGCACUAAUGGCAGUGAUUAGUGAACUUGAAUUAACCGACAAUUCACUAGCAUUUGCACCAUGCUUGGAGAGGGAAGUUUCAGAGGAUGAUAAACCUUUUAUGACAAAAUCUCCAUACGAAAUUUUCAAUGCCGGAGAACAGCUAGAUAUACCGUUUAUAACCGGAUUUGUUGAUGUUGAAGGAACUAUAAGAGCCGACGAAGCUGUAGAAGAGGAUUGGCUGGACAAAAUGCAAGAAUCGUUUACAGAUUUCUUACAACCAGACUUGGGUUUUGAAACCGACGUUGAGGAAGAAGAAGUUGCUGAGAAAAUAAGAGAUCAUUAUUUUGGUAAUAAUUCUAUUAACAUGAGUACCAUAGACGGUUACCUAUCAUACCACGGUGAUACGUUGAUACUUGUUUCCGCUAUAAGAGAGGCACGUAUGCGAGUUGCAUCAAGUGAUACCCCUGUCUAUCUUUAUCAGUUUUCUUAUAAAGGUUCACUAGGAUCAAUAUUUCAAGGUCCACUAAAUAUUAACGAAGCAGCUCACAAUGAAGAACUAUCUUAUCUAUUCCACGAAGAUAUUUGGAAUACCACUUCAGUGACAGAUCUAACGAUCAUUGAUAUUCUUGUUGAAAGAUGGACGAAUUUCGCAAAAUCUGGUUGGCCGAGUAGCGAGACUUCAUCUGUCGAAUGGGAAUCUGUUACUGUUAAUAAAACAUACUUCUUAAGAAUCCUUGAUGAUCAGGAAGUUAAUCGAAACGAAGGUGGCUCGUUAGACAUUGUGUUGGAAAAUCCUCAUCCAACAACUUUGGCAUUUUGGCAAGAUGUUUAUGAUGUAUACUUUAAAGACGCCAAAGCGAGAUGGAGCGUUCUAGAUAAGAAUGAUGAUGGCGAUGAUGUUAAUGUAGUGGAUAAUGAUAAUGGCAGUGGCGAUAAUGAUGAUGGCAACGGUGAAAAUUCAGAAGGUGAUGAUGAUGAUACUAAUGACUCCGCUGGCUUAUUGAUUGGCUGUACUUUUGGUAUAGUUGUACUGUUUUCCAUCUUAAAUAUGAUGCACACUUCUCUUAUGCUUUCAUAG